AUGAUACGAUUAGGGGUAUUUGCUGAUAUCAAAGAUUCAUGUAAAAUUGAAUAUAAUGGAGAAACUAUUGAAUUCAAUGUUCAACAAUUGAUAAAUGUAAAAAAAUUAGGUGAAGGAAGUUUUGGUUUUGUUAGUUUAACUCAACUUGCACAUCGACCAGAUGUUGUUUUUGCGUGUAAAAGAAUGACACUUGAAGAUCAUGGAAAUAAUAAUUAUUCAUCUGAAAGUGAUUUAAAAGCAAUGAGAGCUGUUGGAAAUGAUCUUCAUCCUCAUAUUGUACAUUUUUAUGCUGCUCUUAUUGAUUUUAUUGAUGGACAAUUAGUUAUUUGUAUGGAAGCUCUUGAAGCAAGUAUGGAUAAAUUUUAUGCAAUUCUACAUUCAUGUGUUCAACCACAACCAAUUUUAUUGGAUACAUUGAUACGACGAUUAGCAAAACAUAUUGUUCUAUCGCUUGAUUAUCUUAAAUCGAAAAAUAUAAUACAUCGAGAUAUAAAACCACAAAAUAUGUUAGUUGCACGUCCAGCUAUAUUUAAAUUAUGUGAUUUUGGAAUUUGUGGCACUUUGAAAGAUUCUGUUUCAUUAACACAUCUUGGCUCAUUGAGAUAUUUACCUCCUGAACGUCUUGGAAAUACUUGUUCUUAUGGAACACGAUCUGAUAUGUGGGCAUUAGGAAUGAGUCUCCUUGAAAUAAGUCAAGGUUGUCUUCCGUUGGCUUCUGAAUCCAUUAUGUCAUUUAUGUCUCAUAUGAAAAAUGGAUGGCAACCUGAUUUACCUUUGGUACUUUCUCAAGAUACUCGAGAUUUACUGGCAAUAUUACUUCGCCAUAAUGUCAAUGAACGUCCACGUUAUUAUUCUGAUAUAUUAUCAAUGGCAGCAAUAGUUUCUCUUGAAAACAAUCCAUCAAAUGAUGAAAUCAAUCUUGUUAGUUAUGUUCUCGAUGCAUUACCAAAAAUAUCCGAACAAUAA